CCGGGCACGUCACCACGGCGCUCCGUUACCAACAUUUUUUUCCUGACGCAGACAAAUCACACUGCCGUGUUUUGUUGAGCCAGGGUACUUGGGUGUUCUCCAGCGAUCAAACCUGUAAAAACAGGAGCAGGUUUGUUUUAUACCGGAGGGAUUUCGCCAGCAGGUCCACAAGGGCGUCGUUCCAGAGGCGAACUUCAGAAGCAGGAGUUUGGAAGCCUGCCACAGGUUUGGAUUACCCACGUGAGGGAGGAUCUAGCCUUUAUAACCAGGGUCUCCGGUACGGCUGGUAAAGAGAUCGGGCAUCGUGCGAGCGUGGUUCGGAGCUGCUACUGGUCUCCGGUCUACCUACUGCGACCUCCCCUCAGUCAAGGCCGUUACCGCGUGCUUGGCACACUUGCUGGGCGGUGUCCUUACUAAGAAAUCAACCCAACAAGGUGAACAAGAUGGCGGCUUCUGCAAGUGCAGUGGUCUUACUUCUAGUGUACACGUCAUCAGUUCAUGGGUAUCCCAGGCAGAGAUUUCGAGUGGACUCUGUCAGUGAUGCUUCUGUCGUUGCCGACUGUGCGUUUGAAGGCAACAGCCUGUGCUCCUGGACUCAGGAACAGGACGACACCAUGGACUGGUCCAUUCUACAGGGGUGGGACGCGACAGGGGACCCCUGGACGACGUUGCCAAGCACGGACCACACCCUGGCAACAAGUGACGGCUGGUAUGUGGUCGUACAGUCACCUGCCACAGCAACCGGCAAGCCACUUGCACGCCUGCAGUCCCCAGUAAUUCCGAUAGGUGACAAGGCUGAGCAGUGUUUGACGUUUCAUUACCACAUGACCGAGAACUACCCUGCUGAUCUGGGCUUCGAUGCGAAGAACCUGCUGAAUGUGUACCUGUUGUCGGAAGGCGAGCUGAAGGGUCCGAUCUGGACCAUGGGAGAACUGCUGUACGGCUACUGGAACCAGGCUGAACUCUCUUUCACCACGUAUAAGGACUUCCAGGUCGUGUUGGAGGCGGUGGUAGAGUCCCAAAACAAAGGUGACAUCGCUAUUGAUGACAUCAAACUCAGAAAUCGGCCGUGUGCAGGUUGUAACCACAUCCUGACGGACCGUGUGGGCACGUUCACCAGCCCGCGCUACCCGAAGCCUUACCCGCAGAACACCGACUGCACCUGGACCAUCAAGGCACCGGACGACAUGCGGAUCCGCCUGGCCUUCGACAUCAUCGACAUCCUGGAGGAAGAAAACUGCGAGGUCGACUACGUCGCCGUCAGCGGGUCUGAGAACGGGGACGGCGUCAGGCAUUGUGGCAGCCUCGCGCCGGACGUCUACACCAGCCGACUUAGCGAGCUCAAACUCCAGGUCAAGUUCAGAACGACCUGGGAGAGUGGAUACAUGGGCUUCUCCGCAAGAUACGCCAUCGUACCAGAUUUCCGGAAGGGUUCGAUAAACAUCGGAUCGUCCGACGAAGCGGUUCGUAUGGUGAGCGUGUCCUUCCCGGGGCCUUUCUUCUCAACCGUUCCGACGCUCAAGGCAAAGGUGAAUAAGGAGACAGGUCAAGACGAGCGGUUCUCGGUCCACGUGGAUGAGUUGACUCCGGGUAAGUUCGUGGCUGCCGUGAGGAGGACUGAUCAGCAGAAGGGGUGGAGAACCAACCCCACCUUAACAUGGAUAGCAGAGAUGGGCAGAGUGUCUGAUGUGUGUACUGAGACGGAGUUCCGCUGUGCCGACCUGACCUGUGUCCCCGGGGAGUGGCACUGUGACGGCGAGCCGGACUGCCCGGACGGCUCCGACGAGUCCCCCGAGGAAUGCCGUUGCCCGUUUGGUUAUGGACGUUUCGGUGACUCCUGCUUCAAGGUGUCCCGGUUUCGGGCGGACUACGCGGGGGCGGAGGAGGAAUGCCUGAACGAGGGGGCACACCUGGCCGCUAUCAAGGACCCGGAAACACACGAGUAUAUUUUAAGUCUGACGGCGCCGGUAAGAAACCUCUGGGUUUUGUGGAUUGGACUAGAGGACAGAGAAAAGGAGGGCUCUUUUGUCUUCGGCGACGGCACACCGCUAUCAGACGACUCUUGGCAAAACUUCUAUUGGGAAGGAGCUUCUGAAGGGGAAGACAAGGACUGUGUUGAGAUGUACCACUCCGGUCAACGGGACGCCGCCUACUGGAGCGCUCAGUACUGCAGCCUUCCUCGCCGCUUCAUCUGCCAACUAGCCGCUGCACCCUCCCUGGAUGUAGAAGAAACCACGCCUCCCAUCCCGGACUAUCCGGAUGAAGACGAGUUUCCGGCAGCUGCAUCGAUACAAGAUCCAGCGCCUGGAGCCCUGUCACCGGAGAUUGCGGGUCUUCUGAGCGAAAUUUUACCGGGCGGUCUGUUUUCUGGACCAUCGGAAGAUGUCCGGGAGACAACAGUGGCCCCAAUGGACGUCGAAGAAAAAGCGGCAACAGAGAGGCCGACACAGGCAGUACCUGCUGUUGUCGAGACGCCCGGAGAGGAGACGAUACCGUUACCCGAUAGAGAACCGGUCGCAGCAGAACCGGUGGAGAAGACGGGGACAGACAUGCAGGAAGUGCCGCAAGAGGCUGAUGAAACAGGAGCCGAAGAUGCAGGGGAAACAGAGGAUGCAGUGGAAGGAGAAGAAGCUACCCAAAUGCCACCGGUGAUUGAAGCAAUCGAUGAAGUUUUCGAGGAAGAGGAAACGGCAACGGAAGUGCCGCAGGAGGCUGAUGAAACAGGGGCCGAAGAUGCAGGGGAAACAGAGGAUGCAGUGGAAGAAGGAGAAGCUACCCAAGAUACAGAGGAGGAUGACAUGGAGUUAAAAAAAGAGGAUAAGGAGAUAGAAGAAGAGGACAAGGACACAGAGGAAGAGGACAAGGAGGCAGAGGAAGAUGGUACAGAAAUGACUGGCGUGGCGGAUAUCAUAGAUGAAAUACUCGGAGUGGAGGAUGAAGAGACCGGCACAGAAAUGUCGGAGGUAGUUGAUGAAGCUGACGAAUCGACAAAAGAAGCAGAAUCACCCGAGGUGGACAUGGAAGAAACACAGGAGGAAGGCGACGGGGAGACAGAAGAAGAAAUGGCAGGAGAGACAGCAGAGGAGACAGAUGAGGAAGACACAAAGGAGGAAAUGGGUGGUCUAAAGGCGAGUGAGGGAGUGGACGAGGAACCUGAAAAGGAUGAAAUAGAAGAGGAGGGGGAAGUAGAAAAGGAAAGUACCGAUGCUGAAGAUGCUCAAGAUGAAGACGAACCUGUGCAGGAGCAAGAACAACCAGGAGGAAGUGAAGAAUCUGAAGAGGAAACUAACAUUAUAGCAGAAGUGGUCCAGCCUCCUGAGAUGGAAGAGGAAUCUGCAGAGGUCCAGCCAAUAGCACGGAUGGACACCGAGGUAGAGUCAGACGGGUUGCAAAGUGCGGGAGAGGAAGAAUAUGGCACUGAAAUGUCACCACUCCAGGACACAAGAGAACAAAUACAAGCUGAGAAGGAGACCAAAGUAGAGCCAACUGGGCCAUCUAAAGUGGAGGGCAUUGUGGAGGCGACUGUGGAUAAAAUUAUGGAGGGGGAGACUACAGAAGAUGUAGAAAUAAAGGAGGAGACUACAGACGAAGUGGAAAUGGAAAAAGAGGAGACUACAGAAGAAGUGGAAAUGGAAAAAGAGGAGACUUCAGAAGAAGUGGAAAUGGAAAAAGAAGAGGAGACUACAGAAGAAGUGGAAAUGGAAAAAGAAGGGGAUACUACAGAAGUGGAAAUGGAAAAAGAAGAGGAGACUACGGAAGAAGUGGAAAUGGAAAAAGAAGAGGAGACUACAGAAGUGGAAAUAGAAAAAGAGGAGGAGACUACAGAAGAAGUGGAAAUGGAAAAAGAAGAGGAGGCUACAGAAGAAGUGGAAAUGGAAGAAGAAGAGGAGACUACAGAAGUGGAAAUAGAAAAAGAGGAGGAGACUACAGAAGAAGUGGAAAUGGAUAAAGAAGAGGAGACUACAGAAGAAGUGGAAAUAGAAAAAGAGGAGGAGACUACAGAAGUGGAAAUGGACAAAGAAGAGGAGACUACAGAAGUAGUGGAAAUGGAGAAAGAAGAGGAGACUACAGAAGAAGUGGAAAUAGAAAAAGAAGAGGAGACUACAGAAGAAGUGGAAAUGGAUAAAGAAGAGGAGACUACAGAAGAAGUGGAAAUAGAAAAAGAAGAGGAGACUACAGAAGAAGUGGAAAUGGAAAAAGAAGAGGAGACUACAGAAGAAGUGGAAAUAGAAAAAGAAGAGGAGACUACGGAAGAAGUGGAGAGGGAGGAUACAGAAACUGAUGACAUAACAGAAGUGGUUGAUACGGAGACAGAGGAGACAACAGAGCUUGCUCCUGUUGAUGUUGUUGCAGUAGCUGACGUAACAAAGCAGCCAGAGGCAGAGGGCCUUCCAGAGAUAGAAGAGGACAUUGUGCCAGAAGAAGAAGUAGAGGAGACAACAGAAAGUGUUCCUGUAGUCGAGGCUUCGCUGGAUGUGACUGAGGAAGAGCCAACGCUGCUGCCUGAGGAAGCGGGGGGAACUGCUGAGGAACUGAAGCCACAGGAAAUAGUGCUGCCAGAGAUUGAAGCAGAGGAAGGCAAAACUGACGAUCAGACACAUCAGGAAGCAAGCGAGGAGGAGACCAACCUGAUAGCGGUGGACUUGCGGCGACUUGGCUCAGAUGAAAGUCCCGAUGGCGAGACAGAUGUUGGGAAAGGGGAGCCGCUUGUUGUCUUUGAAUCAGAAGUGAUCGACCCAUCUUCAGUUGAAGUGAUAGUGGCAGAGUCAGUAGAGGAAGCAGAAGAAGACCUCGGCUGUGCGCCAUUCAUCGCGGACCAGUUCAGCACCUGUUACGGGAGAUACCAACUCCAGGCUCACAAGAUCCGGAGAAGUGGGAAGAUAACGCACAGAGCUUUCUGUCUGGCCCACUAUGACUUAUACGGCUGCUACACCACUGCCUUAGAGGAGUGCAUCGAGAAUGUCUUCAUCAGAUUCAAAAACAUCUUGGAGUACGAGGCCAAACGUAUUCUUAACAGGUGUGCGCCUGCAGGUGAAGGUGCUCUUCCUUAAGGAGUUCAUUCAAACUCAUCACCUUCAGCUAGUCUGUUUGUUUGCAAGAUCAGUUUGAAAUGUUUCAAAGUACAACAUCCACCAUUCUGUAAGAUAUGGAGGUAGUCUCUGUCAGAUGCCUUGGUUUGCUGAAAAAAGGUAAGCAUUGGCGAAAUAGACAGAAAUAACUAAAGGACUAUGCCAGUGAUAGAGUUAGAUAUUGGCAUCCUGGGUUGCCAUUUUUCAUGGGACUCUGUAAAAGAGCUGGAAACUCGAUACCAAACAUCAGUCUCAUAAGGCCUAGGAAAAAAAGUUGUUUUUACAGUUUCUUGGCUAACAAUAUCAAAAACUUAAGCUACAUGUAUGUGAAACUCAAGAUGUCUAUAUGUUGUUGUGUGUCUGAGGAAAGAUUGUAAGAGAAGUGCUCUGUCAUGAGUAUAAUUAUGAUUUA